AUGAAAGCGGCCCAGGAUCGACAAAAGUCUUACGCGGAUCGUCAUAGAAGGCCGAUCGAGUUCUCGGUCGGUGAUCUAGUAAUGCUGAAGCUUUCUCCAUGGCGUAGUGUACUCCGAUUUAGAAAGCAAGGUAAACUUAGCCCUCGUUUCAUUGGGCCGUUCAAGAUAUUGGAGCUUGUUGGAAAGCAAGUGUAUCGACUUGAGUUGCCAGAAGAACUCACAUGUAUCCAUGAUGUUUUUCAUGUUAGUUAUCUAAGGAAAUGUCUCGCUAAACACGAGGAGGUGGUGCCAAUAACGGAAGUCGAAGUAGACGAGAAACUUAUAUACGUUGAAGAACCCGAAGCUCUCUUAAAUGAACGAACGGUGAAUCUGCGCAACAAGGUUGUGGAACUGGUGUUGGUUAAGUGGAAGAAUCACCAUGGACCAAAUUGGACUUGGGAGAAUAAAGAAGAAAUGAUGGCGAAGUACCCAAYCYUGUUCRAACAAUGA